UGAAUUUCAACACUUUUACUAGUUUUAGGAUACAUUUUUGUUUUGUUUGGGACCGUUUAUCAAUUACGUAAUGCUGUAGGAAUAUGGGGGAGGGUGUUGUUACUUGGAAGGGAUGGAAUAUUUGUCAAGAAGGCUGUUUGUCAUUUCGUAGUUACGGUCAUUGUAUCCUCCCAUAAUUAUGAUAAUAUGUUUUCGAACAGAUAAGCAAAUAUUGCAAAUGAAAUGUCUGUAAUGAAUUCUGAAUUAAAAGCUAAAUAAUCUUUCUUAACUGUUCAUUGGAAUAUAAUCCACGAAACAGACAGAAUUAUAGAUGUUAAAUACAAUACUGGUUGCAGCAGAAACGUUUUUCCGACAUCGUGUCUGGAUAUACAUAAUACUGAGGAGUCAUUUGUUUUCGAACACGUGAUAAUGUUUCAUAGCAGCACAAGAAUGUUGAAUGACGUAUUCAAUAUUGAUAUAAACAAAGCAGACGGCACAUCGAGUGCAGAUAUAGCCGAUGCAGUAAAGUGCUACGUUUGUAUUUACAUGAUGGUGGAAAGAUCCAUCCUCGUUCACAGAUACCUCAUGCCAAGCACACCAAGCAGAAUGGCUACACGUCUCUUUGUGUGUCUGUUUCUGCUGAGCUGUGGAUUAUGUGACAAGUUCAAGGUCGCUGUCUACGAGCAUGUGGUCAUCCUACCGAACACCCUGACCCACGUCGUCACUAGACCGCAGGCCGUGGAACUGAUGGAGAAAAACCUGAAGAUAUACGAAACACAGGCCAGGAGGGCACAUGAUCAGAAUGUCAGCAUUCUAAUUUUCCCAGAAAACGGCUUGUAUGGUCCUGGUUUCGCCAGAGAGGCACUGUGGCCAUAUUUGGAAUUUGUCCCAGAUCCGUUGAGCAUCCAGUCCUGGAAUCCAUGCGAAGAACCUGACCGCUAUUCCAGGUCGGACGUACAACACAGACUGAGCUGUCUCGCCAACAGCACCUCACUCUUCCUCGUCGCCAACAUCGGCUACGGCCAGCCUUGCAGCGGUAGCGACUGUCCUCUGGAUGGCCACUUCCAGUACAGCACCAACGUCGUGUACAAUUCAACGGGAGCAUUCAUCGCUCGAUACCUGAAACAAAACCCGAUGAAGGAGCAUCAGUUUGAUGCCCCGCAGGAUGUGGAUGUUGUUUCCUUCGAGACUCCGUUUGGUAAAUUUGGCUUGAUCACGAACUGGGAUCUGCUGUUCCACGACCCAACGGUGAAGCUUGUGGAGGAUUUGGACAUUGGUAACCUCAUCCUGCCAUCCUCAUGGGUGGACGUGGCCCCGUUUCUGAUGGCUGUUGAGUACCACUCUGCCUUCGCCAUGGGUCUAGGGGUGAAUGUGCUGGCUGCCAAUUUACACCUGUUGAACGACAGCAUCCAGGGCAGUGGGAUCUACACCCCAGAAGGUCCUGCUGUCUAUUACUACAACACCUCCGACACAAGCGGAAGGCUCUUGGUGUCGGAGGUGAAGAACAUUUCGAAGCCCUUUAGAUACAGUUCGGAAAAAAUUAACAUUCCUUUCUUUAAUGUAUCUCGAGAACUUACACCUGAGGGCCAUAAGGGAAGCAACUCUACUCAUUUUCAGUCCCUUGUUAACCACGAUUUGUUCAAUAUUGUGAAGCUCACAGACAAAAAUGCCACAUUGAAAGUCUGUCAAAAGAAGUUGUGCUGCAAGAUGGAGUACUCUAUGAGUCCUGUAGAAAACGAAACAUUUGUGUUUGGGGCUUUCGACGGGUUUCACACUUACGAAGGUCACUACUACACACAGAUCUGUGCUCUGUUGAAAUGUAAAAAUAUAUCGUCGGCCUCUUGCAAUUCGUCCGUUACCAUCAUCGACACAAAUUUCACCAGUCUUCAUAUUAGAGGGACGUUCAAAACACAAUAUGUGUACCCAGAACUGAUGGUGGCCAAUCAAGGAGUUGCCUCCCUUGCUCCUGGAAAGUUCCAAUUCCGCGAUCAUUCGCUGGUGUUCUCAAAUGCCUCGCUACACCUGCUCUCUGCCUCCCUGUAUUCCAGAGUGUACCCUAAAAUCACAAACUCGGCCAGUGCUCCAGUUAUAACCAGACUCUGUUUGCCGCCAUUUGCAAUUUUUAUCAUUUCCUUAUUCAGAAUAGUUUAUUGAAGGUUGGUUGAGAACAGUUAAUUUAAUACAUGAAUCCAUUUGCAUUUUUUCUGAAGCACACCUCCAUUAAUUAGCAGUACAGAGAGUAAAACAAGAAAUAACGACAAAUGUUUUAAAGAGACUAUGUGGCAAUUUUAAUCAGUGGCCACCUGUGUUAAGCGGCUACUUUUAUCUACUCCCUUGUGUGACCGCUUAAGACAGGUUUGGCUGUACUUACAUUUAAUAAUUACAAUAUUCAUUUUGUACACCUGAAGUGUUUCUGGUCAUCUAGGUUUUUGUAAUACCCCAAAAUCAGGGGUUCUAGACUUGUUUAAAUUCACUUGCCAUGGAGCCAUUGGAUUUGAACAUACAUUGGCCAUGGUGAAAAAUUCACGUGCCCAAUUUUAACUGUUGAUAAUGAUAGCAAAAAACCAGUAAAUUAAAAUAAUUAACCUUUUAAUGUACAUUUUGCAUACUGAGAUCAUGUUUAAUCAAUUUGUCAAUUUACACAAUAGAUAGGCUCAUUAGAUUUGUUUAUGAUUUGCUCAGAGAAACAUUGAAACAAUUUUCAUUAGUUUAGAAUAAAGUUACUAAAGUAACCACCUAGGUUAUAAAAAAUAAUCCCUGUUGCAUAUUACAACAAUGAACAGUAUUAAAAACAAAUUAAUAUUUUAUUGCUUAUGAAUGAGUAUAUAUAUGUGUAUUUAUUUACUUAUGAAUGGGACACACACACACACACACACCCCACCUUCCCAGCAAAAAAACAAAACAAAAAAGCCCAAAAGAAACAAGAACCUUUAUUAGCAUAAAUGUAUUACUGUUUAAGGCUUACAACCUCCCCCACUCGAGCACACACAAAAUUAGUAAUUUUUUAAUGUAGGUACUUUAUUAAAUUUAUCUAUUUCAUGAUAUUGUGUACUUAAUUUUUUUUUUUAUUAAAAACAUUUAUUAUGUGGUAUUUUAUAAAUUAAAUUAACAAUUUUUUUUUUUUUUUACCACUUGCCAUUGGGAUCGCAAAAAGUAACUUUUACUGGCCCUAUAAUCCAAAAACCACUGACAUGGGGCAUCAGGCCACCGUAUUCUAGAACCUCUGAAAAUGCAUUUUUCAUAAUUCUAAAAACACAUAUUCCUCUGAGAAAUAAUGGUUAUCGAGACCAGCUCUGGUUAUUUUUAGAUUGUCGUUUCCCAUUUAAACAUCACAGACUUUAGCUUCUCUCAACCGGCCUCGGUGGCAUCGUGGUUAGGCCAUCGGUCAACAGGCUGGUAGGUACUGGGUUCGGAUCCCUGUCGAGGCAUGGGAUUUUUAAUCC